AUGGAGACACAGAACGCUACGAUCGAGGAGCUCAAGGCCACGGGUCCAGAGAAAGAAGGGGGGCGGCUUCGCAGACAGCUCACGGCCGCGAUCAUCGGAGACAAAGUUAAGCUGCCGACGUUCGACAACAGCAGGAAACCAUACUUCCACGAUUGGAGUUACAAGUUCAAGGCUUUCGUGGGUAACCACGGCAGGAAGUGCUUGGAGGGGAUGGCGCAGGUCGAGCUUAGCCAGAAUGAGCUGAACUACGCGAACUAUGAUGAUGAGGAGCGGAAACAGAUGGCACAGUCACUCUUCUACCUGCUCACGAUGUACUCAAAGGGCAUCCCGCUCGGCAUCAUAAGCUUCCAUUACGACCCGCAGAAAAUGGGUAGCAUUCUCUCGAGACUGAUGAAGGCGCUGGAGUUCGACUUCGGCGGCAAGGCAGAGCUCCUCGACAACAUCGCAAAGUUCGGGAUCCUGAUCGAGGAGUACGAGAAGCUCCCCAAGGAACAGAUCAGCGACAACAUCCGCACGGCCGUCCUGAUCGCACGCGCCCCCGAGGCGCUCAGGAACCACGCGCUGCUCGCCAUGCCGAAGGAGGAGAUCCAGUGGCCUCGCGCGAAUAAGGUCGCCGGCGAUUUCUUGCUCACGAAGCAGCCCAUGCCAGGAGGCCCGACGCCGAUAAACACAAGCGCCAUCAACUCCGAGACGCGGCGGGAAGGCGGCAAGGGCAAGGACGGCGAGAUCAAGAGCAAAGGUGAGGACGGUGGCAAGGGCAAGGACUAA